AUGGGUUAUCGUUCAUCAUCACUACAAAAUUCUGGUUGUGCUGUCGUGUCGGUUAAUAAGAAAUUGCCAUCAUUUACCAUUUGUGGUCAAAUCGGAAAAGCAUAUUCUGGAUUAGCAGAAGUGCUGCUGGUGAGAAGGGACAGAAAAAAUUUGAGUGCUCUGAGGAUUCUGUCCACUGAAUUCAUCGAUUAUGAGCAAAUUAAAAAAGAAGUUUGGUUACUAAGAUGGCUUUCGCAUGCGAAUAUAAUCGCAUUCGAAUGCGCAUUCUCGGUAAAUACCGAUAUUUAUGUUCUGUCUCCAUUUUACGAUCUAGGUUAA